GUCUUGGCCGAGACACAUUUCCUUAGGAUAUCUGUCUCGGCCGAGGCGCUAGGAAAUCUGUCACCACGCAGGAAAUAUGUCAUUGUGUGUCUCACCCACACGCAUGUGCAAUUGUUUGAUAUUCUGAAUGACGGGAAGCGCCAUGGAAGAGCAAAUGUACGAGCGGGUCGUUUUCUACCUUGAAAACGGUUCAUAUCCAACAGGUAGGCUGACGAAGAACAGCUGUCACACCGUCUCUACGUCCGUGCGAUUGCCGAUCCUCCUAACGAUGUUGGUGAUCUAGGUCUCUCGGAAAGCGAGAAGAGUGGUGUCCGUAAGAAAUCCAAACUGUUCCAGCUAGAGGAAGGGAUUCUCUACUUCCAAGACAAGAAACAAUCGACACGCAGACAAGUUAUCAGAGACGAUACGACAAAAAGACAGCUAAACUGGAAGUUGCGGAAAUCGUCUGUUGGUGUAAGUCAGUAAUUUCAAAAUUGGUCGCCCUCACCCUUUGGCAGUUUUGGUACGCCCCUGCUAGUAAACUGCAAGGGCAGAUGACAAAAUGUCGUCAUGUUGACUUAAUAAAAUGUUUACAUUAUGUCUUCUCUGUAUAUCCAGAUUCUCCAAGGAUGUCAUGUCACUGGAGGUCAUCAUCUUGGCAGGGACAAAACGCUAGAUCGAGUGACAAAGAAGUACUACUGGCUAGGAAUAGUAGCUGAUGUGAAACAACUAGUUCAACAUUGUGAUAUAUGUCAGAGAGUGAAAAGAAAGUUUGAUCAUCCAUCAGAACCGUUACAUCCAUUACCUGUACCAUCUAAGGUCUGGUCGCAAAUUGGCGUUGACUUGGUUGGACCAUUGCAAGUCACUAGUAGUGGCAAUCAGUAUAUUGUUGUGGCUGUCGAUUACUUCAGCAAAUGGCCUGAAGCCAAAGCAAUUCCAUCGAAAGAAGCAAUUCACGUUGCUGAUUUCCUUAACUCACUCUUUCUACGACAUGGAUUUCCAGAGGUGUUGAUAUCCGAUCAAGGUCGCGAGUUUUGCAAUGCUAUCUGCAAUGAACUUUUGACAAAGACAGGAGUCAAACACAGAAUUACGUCUGCCUACCACCCUCAAACAAACGGACUGACUGAGCGUUUCAAUCAGACACUGAAAAAUGGAAUCUGCCAGAUGACAAACUGCACAGAUGAAGACUGGGAUUCAACAAUUGAGGCUAUUCUAUUUUCCUAUCGCACUGCUGUUCAUGCUUCGACCAAAUUCACACCAUUCUUUCUUUUUAAUAAUCGAGAUCCUCGUAUGCCUCUAGAUGUGCAACUGCAUGCACACCACGUCUCAGAUUCAACUGCGGAAACCACGAUGCAUUGCCUGACUGAUGAAGAGAUGCAACAUGAUGUAGAACUGCUAGUCAAUCUGAAACACCAGUAUACAGCAGCUGCAAAACGAAAUAUUGUCAAAGCCCAGGAACGCCAGAAAGCUUACUAUGACAAGCGCCAUAAUACAUAUUCUUUAUCUCUCGAUCUCAAUGACCAAGUUCUUUUAAAAAAUAGUAAACAUGACAGCCGUAAGGGUGGAAAGCUGGACGUGAAGUGGACUGGUCCAUACUGGGUGUCAGAACGUCUUCCGAAAGGCUGUUUCAAGCUGAAAAAUGGAAAUGGUGCUGUUCUGAAGCAAAUCUUUCAUGCAAGUCGUCUCAAACCGUAUUAUCCACCGCAGAGCUACGAGCCAUGUGGUACUGGCACUUCAGACGAGUGCAAAGAUACCAUCAAUGAAGAUGAAAAUGCUGCAGAAGCCAUUGAAUGGCACGCGGAUGACUUACCUCUUCUAUCCCCUGCGUCUGCAUGUGUACGUGUGGAUGCUUCAGUUGCAUUCCAACUUGAUGCGCAACCUUCAAGGACACAUCAAAAUGAAGGACAGGGGUUAUUGGUGAUGGAUAACAGGACAGAAAUAGAGGCCCGUUCAUUACCAUCUACAACUCAACCAUCAGCUUCAUCCAGGCAAAUCUCAGAUGAAACUGACAAGGGAGCUUCAUCCAGGGAAAUCUCAGAUGAAACUGACAAGGGCACUGUUGGAAGCAGAAGUAUCAAAUGUGACAGACGUAAAUUACGGUUGGAACCUAAGAAAAGAGUACGUUUCCAGCUUGCGACAAAUGAAGAUGACAAAGAAUGCAGUCAGACAGCGAAUGAGGAGGAGAAUAGCAGAGAAGAAGAUGGAAAACGUAAGCGCAAGCUUGAUUAUAGGGGCCAAACUCAACCCCAAACAAAACGAAGACGUACUAUAGAAUCUAAGAAGAACAGUUUCACUAUUUCAAGGCGAAUGAGAGAAAUUCUCAUGCAAGGCCGCGAGCUUACGGAUGAGCAUAUUUCUCUUGCUCACAACAUACUAAAGAAACAGUUUCCACACAUUGAUGGCCUACAGUCACCGUUACUUGCACAGACGAAUGGUUUUAUCCCAGUCCAGCAUGAGGGCAUCCAGAUACAUCACGUCCCUGAGCGAAGCCAUUGGGUAACUUCUAGUUGCUGUGGCCAACAUAUAUCAGUUUAUGACAGCAAAGAGGCCGGUUUUCAACUUAGUACUUCUCUCAGUCACCAGUUAGCCUUGAUUUAUAGGCUGGCGGUAGAAGAUGAUAGCGAAGACGAUGAUGAUGGAAAUGAUCCCAUCAACUUGUUUGUUCAAAAGCCCUAUGUCCAACAGCAGAGGGAAGGUUCGGAUUGCGGACUGUUUGCCAUUGCAUUUGCUGUGCAUCUUGCUUUUGGAGACAAUUUAUCGACUCUGCAAUUCGACCAGGCACUGAUGAGACGGCACCUUCUCAAAUGCUUUCAGCAGAAAGAAAUGAUGCCUUUUCCGCAGAUGACAAAGACCACGGCUCAUCGUCCCAAGAGACUUCGCGGUGUCAUGAUUGAGCUUUGUCGUUGGUGCUUGAUGCCCGAGACAUUUGCUGCUACAGUGAAGUGCCAGAAAUGCGAUGAUUGGUGUCAUUUGAAAUGUGCUAGACCGAUAUUGCCUACUAGGAGCAAAAAAUGGACCUGUGGUAACUGCAAGUAAAAAUUCUGCAUGCAUACACUAGCUGACACUAUACACAUGUAUAUAGUUCGUGUUUGCGUUCAACGUGCAUUACUGUUUGCAUUGUGUGUAUGAUGAGCCUAGAACUUUGUUUAAACUGUGCUGUACGUAUACAUACGUAUAGUGGGAGGCUGCAGUACAAAUGAGAAACCUGGAAUGCUGUGUUAUGUUCCCUAGAAACGUGGUUAAAUAUAUCAUGAUUUAGGCCCAUUAGUAAAUUCCCUGCUGCAUGGAGGCAUUUUCAAUACCGAAACACCGGCCGUUCUGGGUUUUCCUAGAACAUUCAGAGUGAGCUGCGUUUCCUAGCUCCGAGACCGAUUUCCUAGGAAAUCUGUCCCGCCCGAUACCGAUUUCCUAGAACAUGCAGGGCGUGACGGAUUUCCUAGCUCCGAGACCA